AUGUCUACAGCUCAAGCCGCAAGCAAGAAUCGUCCUUUCCCGCUACACCCGUUGUCGCAGAACCCUUUGGUUACACGCGAUGACUUCGCUGCAGCUUGCGCUUCAUUGUUAGAUCCUCUGGAAGCAGGAUUUAGUCCAGAGAAAGCAUUGGUCAGAGUCGGAGGUACUGGAACGAGAUUCGAUGAGACAGCAGCUCAGAUUGAAGGAUUCGCCCGUCCGCUAUGGGGUCUUGCACCACUUCUUGCUGGAGGAUCAUACAGCAAAUCAGAGCUAUGGGUUAAAGGCAUGAUCGCUGGUACAGAUCCUGAAAGUCCCGAGUUCUGGGGCAACAUGGAAGAUCUGGAUCAGCGUAUGGUCGAAUCAUGUCCUAUUGGAUACACUCUUGCCAUUGCCAGCAAGGACUUCUGGGAUCCUUUGACUGAUAAGCAAAAGGAAAAUGUCGCAAAUUGGCUGGGAAGCAUGAACGACAAGGAGAUGCCAAACACAAAUUGGUUGUGGUUCAGGGUAUUUGCCAAUCUUGGCUUGAAAGCUAAUGGAGCUCCAUACUCACAGUCGCGCCUCGAGGCUGAUAUGGACCAUCUGGACACUUUCCACCGCGGCGAGGGAUGGUCGAACGACGGCCCAGCAGGCUAUACCCAGAUGGACUACUACUCAGGUUCUUUCGCCAUCCAAUAUCUUCAGCUACUUUACGCCAAGCUUGCAGGUGACUCUGACCCCAAGAGAGCCGAAGAGUACCGCGAUAGAGCUCGCAAGUAUGCGCUUGACUUUGCGCAUUAUAUGGAUCCCGAAGGUCACGCUAUCCCAUUCGGAAGAAGUUUGACGUACCGCUUUGCAACCGUAGGCUUCUGGUCCGCUGUUGCCUUUGCUGACCUUGAGUUGCCUGCUCCGCUGUCGUGGGGUGUGGUCAAGGGCAUGCUUCUGCGUAACUUGCGCUGGUGGUCGAAGCAUCCAGACAUCUUCCAGCCAAACGGUAUGCUGAAUAUCGGAUACACGUAUCCGAACUACUAUCUGGCCGAGAACUACAACUCUCCGGGCUCGCCGUACUGGUGCAUGCUGGCUUUUGCUGCUCUAGCAUUGCCGGAAGAGCAUCCGUUCUGGUCAUCGAAGGAAGAGCCGCAUCCGUUCAAAUCCGAAUCUUCUGCGCUCCCAGAAAUCAAGGCUCUGAAGUAUCCCCUGCAUAUCAUGGUGCACAAAGCUGGACACACUUUCUUGCUAUCAUCUGGUCAAAAAUGCCACUACCCGCUCAAGUCUACCCAGGCCAAGUAUGGUCACUUCGCCUACAGCGCAUCUUUCGGCUACAGCGUGCCGACAGGUGGCUACACAAUCGAGCAAUAUGUUCCAGAAUCUGCUUUGGCUCUGAGUGAUGAUGACGGCGAGAUGUGGAAGAUGCGUCGUGAUGUUGAGAACGCUCAGCUGGCCACCAAGGAUGGUUCGCCGUAUCUGUACUCGGAGAUGAGACCAUGGUCGGACGUCAAGGUCCGUACUUGGCUGCUUCCACCUACUGAUGAAGCACCUUCUUGGCAUAUUCGCGUGCACCACAUUCAGUCGGGUAGACGUCUGCGGAGUUACGAAGGUGCAUUUGCUAUCAAGGGUACGGCCAAGAGAACUGGACGCGCAUUGAGCGCUCUUUCUUCAUCAGAAAAUGAGGGUAACAAGGCUGGUCAAGCGUCCGCUUUGACAGUGUCGGAAGCUGGAGCUGUCGGUAUCGUUGACCUACAAGCACCCAGAUCCGGCAAGGUGCUCGAUGUCGAUGCGAACUCCAAUCUCAUCGAAGCCCGUACCGUGCUUCCAUCUCUGGGUAUGGACAUUGAGGCAGGCAAGGACGUCUACUUCGUGACAGCCGUGUUUGCUAUGCCAGCUUCGGAAGGUUGGACGGGUAGAUGGCGUGAGGCUUGGGAGAAGAAGCCAACACUUCCUAGCUGGUUGAGAGAUGUUUUGACGUGA